AUGUCGGAUGACCAGGCUGAUCCCGACUCCGGUGGUUAUUUUGCCAAUGCCUCCACCACAGUCCAGAGCAGGCUGGUGUUCUCAGGACCCACCUUUGUCAUCCUCAUGGUGAUGAUGGUGAUUCUGGUUGUCGUGAUAGUCUUGGGCAACGCACUGGUCAUUCUGGCAUUCAACGUGGACAAGAGUUUGAGAAGACAAAGCAAUUACUACUUAUUGAACUUGGCGAUUUCAGAUUUUCUUGUAGGGGCAUUCUGCAUCCCAGUGUACAUCCCCUACAUCAUCACAGGCAGGUGGACGCUGGGUCGAGGGCUGUGCAAGCUGUGGCUGGUCGUCGACUACCUGCUUUGCUCUGCGUCUGUGUUCAGCAUUGUGCUCAUCAGCUACGACCGUUUUCUGUCAGUCACCAGAGCAGUGAGCUACCGUGCCAGACAGAGUAUGACUCAUCGAGCCAUAAUCAAGAUGAUUGCAGUCUGGGUGCUGGCCUUUGUCCUGUAUGGCCCAGCUAUCAUAUUUUGGGAGCUGGCAGUGGGCAGAAGCCGCGUGCCAAAGGAUGAGUGCUUUGCAGAGUUCUAUUACUCUUGGUACUUCCUGCUGAGCGCCUCUAUGCUGGAGUUUUUCUCUCCUUUCAUCUCUGUGGCUUUCUUCAACCUCAGCAUUUACCUCAGUAUACGCAGGAGGAGGCUGCACCACAGGACGGGCCAGUUUCAUCUUCAAGCAAGUGAACCUGCCACUACCCAGGGGGAAGGAAUCCCCCUGUCCCACAAUUGGGGGUUUGGGAUAAAACUGCCCAUAAGAGGCUCUAUCCAAUCUCAGGCCUCCUCUCCAUCUUCGGGUAAACUGGACCCCUCGACCAGCAGGGCUGCUCAGCCUGGUCGUCUGUCCAGGGAUAAGAAAAUUGCUAAAUCCUUGGCCAUCAUAGUGUGUGUGUUUGCCAUCUGCUGGGCACCGUACACCCUACUGAUGAUCAUCCGUGCUGCCUGCAGAGGGCGAUGCAUCCAGCAUCACUGGUACGAGGUCACCUUCUGGCUCCUGUGGCUCAACUCUGCCAUCAACCCAUUCCUGUACCCUUUGUGCCACAGUAGCUUCCGCAGGGCCUUUAGCAAGAUUCUCUGCCCAAAGCGGCACACAACUCCUCCUUCAUCUGUCCUACGUGGCAGCCAGUGA